GCUGUCAGAGUUACAUUCAGCGUGUUCUCAAUCGAGUCAGUUCGUCGAUUCACUGUUUUGUAAACUGCUCUUCUCGUUGUUCAUCGGUUCUGAAACGUGAAACGUUUGUUCAUGUUGCUAGUUUUGGAAAGCACCGAGCUCUUUGGCUCGCUGAAUGUAAUGUCUCGUGCGCUGUUACCCGCGCUCGUGUUAAAGCAAGUUAUAUUGUCUUAAUUUACGUUUCCUCUACAACAACUGAACGGAUACGGCCAUGCAGCUCCAUACCAUGUUUAUAAUGUUAAUCAUUAAUUAAUGACACGACUAUCCGUGCUUGGUUUAUUAUUUAUUCAAGAAAAGCUUCUCGUGAAGUUAUCGUGAACUCUGGGCUCACUCCAAUGUAUCGCCUCAUCACAGUACUGGUAGAAGCAGGUGGAAGUAAAACUACGAACUAUUAUUUUCGAUUUGUCAACUGUUAAUCAAAUGUUGAGUAUAUGCCGUUAUAUGUCACAGUUAUGGUCUGUUUGAACAAUCGUACAACUCAGAAUAUAUUCAGUUUACAAUGACACACAACUGAGAAAAGCAGCGCAUCCAUAUAUUAUUAGAGACUGGAACCAGUGAAUGUUUGAUAAGUAAAUUUGAAUUUAAAAUCCGUUUUUGGUAAUUUCUGUUGAUCCACCAAUCAGGUAAUCGAGUAACCGUUUCAUAGCUUUAUCUUUUAUUGUGGUACGUGUCAUUUUAUAUUGCUAGAUUCAUAACAUGCACUGUAAUACAGUAUAUAUUUUUUUAUCUUAAAUUGAGAAACAGUCAACAAUAACUGUCAGUGGCUGUUGUAAAAUAUUUUUAAAAUGGCUAUUUCAUCACAUCGAUACAAAGAUUGGAAGUCCAGUAUCAACAAUGGUCUCACCAUCUUAUUGAUAACCCCUUUUGUGGAACUUGUUUUGUGAUAUGAAUGACGAAUGAUAGAAUCACAUGUCCUCAUUUAUUUCUGCUUAUUCACAAUGAAUUCUACGUGUUGCUUUUCAGGUAACAACCGGAUGCAUGAUGUGAGGUGUGUAAAAACCUGUUGACACCUGAAUGUGGCUGCUGAUAUGGUGGACCAGAGAUUGACGCUCAGGAGCCCCCAGUCUCACCUUUUUAUGAGAGCCUGGGGCAACUUUUGCCACCGAUUAUGGAUCUAGAUUUUCUUCUAUGAGAUUCGAUUUCACAGCUCUUCAAUCAAACAGCUGUAAGGAACAUGGAGCGAGAAGCAGCUGAAAAGGAGAUGGAUGGCGUUACAGAUGCUGAUGAGGAGAUCCCUGAUGGUGAUUCCAUCUCAGUAGCUGAGUCUAAUCAGUGGGAGGCCAAACAGACUGAUGAUGAAUGUGAGAAGGAGGAAAAAGAAGCCUUUCUCAAAUCUCAGGACACCUCAAAUCCAGCCCCUCAACAAGACUCUACAAUUGGUGAAGCAGAGUAUUGUGGAUCUACAGAGGCCAAAGAGGAUACGGAAGAGGCUUCAGAUGGGUUUGAGCAUGACGAUACUGCAGAUCAUGAGAACCCACAUGUUAUAAAUCAAGAAGAGGAUGAAGCUGCAAAGGAGCAACACAUGAACGGGGAGUCUGGUUGGAGGAACAUGGGGCCAGGACGGAGAUGCAAAUUGAGGCUCAGUGGAUCAGUUUCAGAGCAGAGCACUCCAAGUGCAUUCUCCUCCAUUCAAAAAGGCAAUGUAAUGUCGAGUGGUGGGCGGCACAAGCAGACCCGGAGACGUAACCAUCACCACCACCAGCAGAACCGAGGCCGCAGGCGGACAGGCAACCAGCUUGUCUUAGCUUUCAAGGAGAUGCUGUCAGAGUCUCUGAGCUUCUGGUGCAUCUCCUGCGUCCACAUGAUGAUUGAGAUUAUUGUCACAUUAACUCACAAUUGUGGAGUUGGUGUGGAGACUGGAGGGGUGAAAUUAUACAACUUUGGGCAGCAGCUCCUUGUAAAGAUCACGGAUGUAGGAGGAUUGAAGGCGGACGCGAGUCGUAUUCUGAAAUGGACUAAAUGCACAGGAACAGACAUGGCAGAUAAAAUCGUUCGGUCAGUAAAGUGGGUGAAAACAGCUGCCUUAUCUUUUUUGAGACUUUUCUGCGCUUUGGUUAUUCUCGGCUUCCAGUGGGCAAAAAGUGCGUUGGUUCGUCUUGGUGGAGAGAGGGCAAAAUGCUAUUGGACAGCUUUUCAGGAGUCACGGUUUUGGAAGAGGGGAGUGUCCUUGCUGGAGAGAGUGCGAGGCAGGUUUAGGAGGCAUUGCCAUGUUCCACCGUCAAGCCCUGACUCGCCCGGCAGAGCAGGGAGAAGCCAGCCAGGCCAGGAGCUGGAGAGACUGCUGGCCUUGGCUGAGGUACCAGAGGAUGAGCUUGACCCCUUUACGGUGCUCGGUGUGGAGGUGCACGCCACUGAGGCUGAACUAAAGAAGGCCUACAGACAGCUGGCUGUCCAGGUCCAUCCAGACAAGAAUAAACACCCACGAGCUGGAGAGGCGUUCAAAGUACUGAGGGCUGCCUGGGAUAUCGUCAGUAACCCAGAGACACGACGAGAGUAUGAGUUGAAGCGUAUGGCAGCAACCGAGCUCUCAAAGUCCAUGAAUGAGUUCCUCACUAAACUGCAAGAUGACCUGAAGGAAGCCAUGAACACCAUGAUGUGCACCAAGUGUGAAGGCAAACACAAGCGGUUCGAGAUGGAUCGUGAACCUGCAGAGGCCCGCUUCUGUGCCGAGUGCAACCGUUGCCAUAGUGCUGAGGAGGGGGACCUGUGGGCCGAGUCCAGCAUGUUGGGCCUACGUAUCACAUACUUUGCCUUUAUGGAUGGCAAGGUGUUUGAUAUUACAGAGUGGGCAGGUUGCCAGCGAAUAGGCAUUUCUCCCGACACGCACCGAGUGCCCUAUCACAUCUCUUUUGGUUCAAAAAACAACAAAGACUCCACAAGACACAGGACGCCCUCAGAGAGCGCCCCAAGUCCCACCAACCCUGCAGAUUUACAAGACUUCUUCAACCGCAUCUUCAAGGGAGGACCUCCUAACGACAUGGCUGCCAAUGGGGGCUUCUUCCCCUCAGGUGCACCCCCUCCUCACACAUCUGGAGCUGGACCUGGAGCUGGACCUGGAUCUGGACCUGGAGUGCCCCCCUUCUCCCCUCCCCCGAGCCAGACAGGUUUCUACAAUCCGGGGGUUCCAAGGCCAGAGUCCAGCGAGACGUGGGCUGAAAGUGGCAAACCCCCCAGAAGGAGGAAGAAGGUCCGCAAACCCUUCCAGAGGUGAAGUCUGAGGAGCGAGAGAGAGACUGUAUUAGGGGAGGAGCCUGUUGACUGAACAAGUAUUGAAGGAGGGUUGAAGAGGUGAUGGUGCUUUAGCGCUCAUGUCACUAAUGUUUUUUGUUGAUCUUGACAUUAACCUUGGCAUUGAAAUCCUUAUUAGGAUACUGUAAUGAAACGUUUUAUUUUCAUAAAUUCCUGCCAAAUCUUGCAAUGCAUGAUUUAUUCACUUGUAUUCUAAUACUUUGGUUUAGUCACCUUUUUUCUUUUGACGUUGGUUCCAGACAGUGACACCUGAGGAGAGUUAUGGAUCCUUUAGUCAACACAAUGAAGUUAAUGCUUCACUUUGGUCACUAUAUUUCAGGAACGAAUGGAAACUGUUUAAACUCAAUACAUCUGAACUAAAUUUAAAGAAAAGAGCAGAAAAUAAUGUUUAGAGAGCUUUCUGCUUUUACAGUAAAAUCAGAGGGUUAGGGGUGAAUCUCUGGUCCUGCCUACAGACAGCAGGAUUUCAGACAUAAAUAAAAGUCACCUCCAUCUUUCUAGAGUAACAAACUUGUGCUCUCUAGAAAUCAAGUUUCAGGGCUGAGAUAUCACAGAAUACUAAACGAAUCUGUUAAAAGGUACUGCAAUAUGAAGGGUUGACCAUUUGUGCAGAAUUAGUUAUCCUUUUGCUGAUAUGUGGCGAUUACCAGAGAAUCACAUCCUAGAUUUAUAAACUUCUCUUUUCAAGAGCCAAUGAAAAUGAUAAAGCUUUUUUUUUUUUUUAGCUAAACUGAUUCUAACGUGCUAAACCCGCCUGCUGUUUAUUGUUUCAAGUUCAAAUGUAAAAGCAGGAAUUAGUUCAGUUGUGUUUCUGUUGAGUUUGUCUCAACUUUAAAGUGACACCUUGACAUUUUAAAAUGUUGAUAUUUCUCUGUGCCAGGUUUCAUUGGAAUUUUGAAGACCACAUAUAGUUGCUCUACACUGCCCCCUGUUGAUUCACAGUGUAACCAAAAAAUGGAAACAUUAAAUACUGAAGCAAGUCUGGCCUGUAUGUAAACUUACAAUGCUGUCAAAUAUCCCAAUCAGCAUUACUUUAAUUAGUUAAUUACUGACUGACAGAGCGCCUCAAAUAAACUGACAGUUAAAAACAUCAUGCAAUUUGCAACAUUGAAUAGAUUCAUUUCAUAUCGUUAAUUUGAGUAAUUGAUGCUGCUACUUAAAAAAUAUACAUUCCACAGUUAUCUAAAUUUGAACACUAUUGUCAUCAGCUUGUUAAGCGCCAUUUGAUGCUGGUGGUGAUGUUGCAUGGCAUCUUAAGCCAUGACUUCUACAUCAGUGGUCAGCAAGCUCAGGAUCUGUAAAACAUUAGAACAUGGACAAAUAAACAUUCAUAAAUAAUAGUGCUAUUCCUGUGGGUGUAGAGCUCAGAUAGUUUUGUUUAAAAUUAUACAUUUUCAAUCUUGUUUUGCAGGCAAGGUUUUUUUUAUGGUUAAUACUUCCACCAAAUGUGGUUCAGCUUUCAAAUUGUCAGUCAUAGGUUCACAAGAAAUCCAGUCUAAAGCUAAACAACUGGUUUCCUUGCGUUCCAGUAUGUAACAACAUGGUGUCAGAAAAAUUAUAAGUGGUUGUAUUUUGGGUUUUGUUUCUUGAUAUGGUUAUUGCAGAGAAAUAAUUAAUUUCAUCAGCAGAUCAACACAACUGAGCUGUUAUUGUUUACACCUGGUAUGUGAAGGUUGUGAGUGUAGUGAAAUGGCAAAUGUUUGUGUUAAGGCAUUUGAUAAAAGCUAUUUUUUUAUAUUGAUAGUUCAUGGUCAAUGUUUUUGUUGUGUUGAGUUGCGCAUCCACCCCUGUCUUAACAUCAGAGGCAUUUGAACAGUCGUCAUUUAUUCGAAGCAGACUCCUGCAGCUGAGUGGGAGUUCUAAGCUAAUGGCUCAUUUGUAAAUUAAGAUAUUUUUGGGUAGAAUCUAAAUGUUAAAUGAGACAUUUUAUAAAAAAACAUUUGAGUUACAUCUGGAGAAACAUGGCAUUGUAAUGCAUUAUUCUUUCUAGUAGUUUGAAAAGCUAAAUCUUUAUUGCAAGUGUUCUUUGAGCUCAUUGAACCAGGACAUAACGUUUCCUUUUUUCUUCCGUGUGUGCAUUUAAACAGUUUCCCAGACUGGAUUGAGUUGGUCAAUUAAAAUGGCCCUUUUUUUAAUGAAACUAACUCAAAAUGUAAUAAUUGACCAGGGUUAAAGUUGGAUUGUUACCGAGUGAUAAUCAGAAAGAAUUCAACAAAAAAUACUUUGACAAUUGUCACAAAUGUGAUAUAUUUUUGUCAAUGUUUUUCCAUCUUAAAUACUUAUUUUGGCUUAUUUGAAUAUCUUAAUUUUCUGCCCACCUUCAGAAUAAUUUUUGUUUUUAGAUAGUUAUAGACGGUCAAAUAACUAACUCAGUCCAAACCUGGGAAACUGGAUCGACAGCUACAACCACAUUGAGCAGAGUGUGUUGUGUUCCACAUCUUGACUUGAGGACGUAUGUUAAAGGUAGCAGGUCGAGGUCAGUGAAAGAGCCAACAGUUCAGAUUGAUUUUCUUCUUUUCAAGUGAACAGAAUAUGCAGAAUUAUUGCAACAAAAUAUCUGACAAUCAUCAGGGUUAUGAGGCGAGUUCCCUGGCUGGCAAACAGGUUUAAGAUAUCACUGUUGGGUUUCUUUCCCCCCGCUUACUCUGGUUUUCAAAAUAAAGAGAAUUUCCUAUA